GACCAUAACGACUUGUUGACGAACUGGAAUUUUCAGAUUGAAUUACCAACUUCCCAGACUUCAGAGAGAUUGUUAAAUCAGUGCUCCCUGCCUCUCUGUAUGGCCGGUGUGGGUGUUGCCUCUGUACUGCUGGUCAGUGCGCUGGUCUCCGGGGUGGUUUACCAUGUCACCCUGCUGCAACACAGUGGACUGAAGGUCGUCAUGGAGAUGGACACCAGACAGAGGCCCAACUUCAUAGUGAUCCUGGCAGACGAUAUAGGCUGGGGAGACCUGGGGGCAAACCAGGCAGGAGAGAAGCCUAGUAACACACCUUACCUGGACCAACUCGCUCGGGAGGGGAAAAGGUUCACUGAUUUCCACUCCCCUGCGUCCACCUGUUCUCCAUCCCGGGCCUCCAUACUGACGGGUCGGUACGGCCUCCGCAACGGUGUCACCCACAACUUCGCCACUCGGUCGCUCGGAGGGCUGCCCCUGAAUGAGACCACGUUUGCUGAACUCCUGCAGGAGGCCGGCUACUACACGGCCAUGAUUGGAAAAUGGCACCUUGGCCACAAUGGUCCCUAUCACCCUAUCAACAGAGGAUUUGACUAUUACCUGGGAAUUCCUUACAGCAAUGACAUGGGCUGUACAGACUUGCCUGGCUACGACCUCCCCAGCUGUCCUCCGUGUGAGCCAGUUUCUCACCAGAACAGCAGGAAGACACAGGGAUGCUACACAGACGUGGCCCUGCCUCUCUAUGAGAACCGGACCAUCAUAGAGCAGCCCCUGGACCUGUGGAGCCUGGCCCAAAAGUACACUUCUGCCGCAGUCAGGAUUCUGCACAGCGCAAGAGAGAGGAGGCAGCCGCUGCUGUUGUACGUGGCUCUGGCCCACAUGCACGUGCCACUGGCCCCAGCGGCUCACAUGGGCAUCAGGGCAGGUGUGGGUGUUGGUGCCGCUGCAGAGGACAGAGCCGUCCAGGGCCAGGGGGAAGGAGAGGGAGUGUACUCAGCCACCCUCCGUGAGAUGGACAGGCUGGUAGGGGCCAUUAAGGCCACCUCAGACCUCCUCGACAAACAAAACAACCUCAUACUCUUCACUGGAGAUAACGGUCCAUGGGAGCAGAAGUGUCAGUUUGCAGGCAGUGCCGGGCCUUUCCUGGGACAGUGGCAGACGGCCAGAGGUGGGGGCUCUGCAAAGAGGACAACAUGGGAGGGGGGCCAUCGCGUCCCCACUGUGGCAUACUGGCCCGGCAGGAUACCAGCCAACACCACCAGUGGCGCUCUACUCAGUGGUAUGGACAUCUUCCCUACCCUCCUUUCACUAGCUGGUGUAGAGCUACCCAGAGACAGGAGGAUCGAUGGCAUUGACAUGACAGACAUCCUGCUGGGAAAGUCAGACACCGGUCGGAAGAGUCUCCUCCAUCCAAACAGUGGUGCAGCUGGCUUCUUCGGAGACCUGCAGGCCGUUCGUGUGGGGCCUCACAAAGCCUUCUACCUGACAGGUGCAGCAGAGGCUUGUGGCGGAGGUGAAGGCCAGCCUCAGGUCCACGACCCUCCGCUCAUCUUCGACCUGUCUGGUGACCCUGGGGAGGGGACUCCACUGGUAGAGGGAAGCGAGGAGUACCAGGAGGCCCUGAGGGAGGUGCAGAGCGAGAGGGAAGCCCUGCUGUGGGACAUCGCCAAUGACAACGUCUCCACUGCCAACUACGCCACCGACCGUGGAGCGGCGCCCUGCUGCGACCAUGCACUACCAGCCUGCCGAUGCCACCCUGUCAGAUAAAAUCUCUAGGGCUUACCGACAAUGUCUCCUUUGCCAACUACCCCACCGACCGUGGAGCUGUGUCCUGCUCUGACCCCUUUCUACCAGCCUGUAGUUGCCACCCUGUCAGAUAAAAUCUCUAACAACAACUCCAACUACGCCACCGAUAAGGGAGCUGCACCCUGCUGGCACCACUCACACACCAGCCUGUAGGUGCCAGUCUCUCUGAUGAAAAAAGGACUUGUAGUUUAGGAGGUACAAUGAAUCAGACCAGAUUAGGGACUUUUGAAAAAAAAAGUGUCUCUUCCACACCCUGCCACUCAGACAUUUAGAACUUCAUAUUACUUAAACUGACAACUUAAAUGUCCACUUAUUGGGUCAGUAGUUGUACAGAGAGCAGAGUAGUUAGUUGGGUACCAGAGAGUGAAGAGCGUCAGGAGGUGCAGAGGUAGAGGGAGUCCCUGCUGUAGGACAUCACCAAUGACAACGUCUCCACUGCCAACUACGUCACCGAUAAGGGAGUUGCGCCCUGCCCACUUGCUACCAGCAUGCUUUUGGCAUUUUAUUAAGGAAGAACUUGUACAUAAAUCAGGGCCAGGUCCCAAGCAUUUUUGUUUGUUCCAGAUCAUGAUGGACUAAACUGCUUUAACUGUUUUCGUACAUCCAGCUGCAUUAUGUAGAUGAAGUACACUGCCCACUACACCACAGAUUAGGCAGCUGCCACCUGCCUGCCAUGCCAGCCUAGCUUACAGGGCAGAAUGAAUUUGUAAACAAAUCUAGAUCUCAUACAGACUCCCAAGAUUAUUGGACUCAAACAGCAGUUUGGCACCCUGCCACCCAUAUGUGAAGUGGCAA